CGCGGCGGGAACUCGGGCGGCGCCGGGCGCUGAGGGGCGCGCGCGCGGCGGCUCCGUGACGCAUGGGAUGACGUCAGACCGACGUCGCGGAGGAUCGGCGACGACAUGCCCGGCGUCCCGGUGACGUCACGGGUGCCCGGGGGAGCCGCCGUGGCAGCCCCGCCCGGCCCCCCGGAGCCGCGGCAGAGCCCCGAGCAGCGGCGAGCCGCCGACAUCAUCCGCCUGCUGACGCUCUACCGGCCCCUGCUCGACGCCUUCGUCAUUGAUUUCUUCACCGAGGAUCUGUGGGCACAGCUGCCCGCAGCCUGGCAGCCCGCCCUGGCCGGCGCCACCCCGGUGCAGCUGGCCGGGCUCCUGGGGGGCAGCGGGGGCCCGGGGGCCGCCUGGCCGCUGUCCCUGCUGGCCUUUGCCGCCGCCGCCCGCGCCCUGGCCUUCCCGCGGGGAUGCCCGGCACGGUGCCCGCACCCCCCGUGCCAGAGCUCCCGCCUGCCCCCGCCGCUGCGCCGCCACGUCAAGCCCAAGAAGCAGCACGAGAUCCCGCGCCUGGGCAAGCUGCUGCGGCGGCUGAGCCGCGCCACCGGCUGCGAGCGCGUGGUGGACGUCGGAGCGGGGCAGGGCCACCUGUCGCGGUUCCUGGCCUUCGGGCUGGGGCUGAGGGUCACCGCGGUGGAGAGCGACGCCCGGCUGGCGGGACUGGCCCAGCGCUUCGACCGGGAGCUGCUGCGGGAGCUGGGCAAAGCCAGGAGGGCGCCGGCACACGGGGGGCACCCCCUGACCCCCCGCGCCCCCCGGCACGUGGCCGGCCGCCUGGACCCUGCAGCUCCCUGGGCGGAGUUCCUGCUGCCCCCCGAGCCCCCGGGAGCCGGCCCCGCUGCCCGGAACCCGCUGGGGGGCCCGGGGGGCUCCGAGGACGGGGAAAGGGUGCUGGUGACGGGGCUCCACGCCUGCGGGGACCUCAGCCCCGCCCUGCUGUGCCACUUCGCCCGCAGCCCCGUCGUGGCCGCCGUGGCCUUGGUGGGCUGCUGCUACAUGAAGCUGUCGACCGCGCCGCGGCAGCCCCCCGGCUACCCCCUGAGCGCCUCGGUGGCGGCGCUGCCGGGCCACCAGCUGUCCUACCGGGCGCGGGAGGCGGCGUGCCACGCGCUGGAGGAGUACCAGGGCCGGCUGCGCGGCGGCGGCGCCCACCUGCGCGCCCACUGCUACCGCGCCGCGCUCGAGAGCCUGAUCCGCGCCGCCGAGCCCGCCAAGAGGCACCUGGGGCUGCAGCCGGGCAGGAAGGCACACGGCCUCAGCUUCCCCGAGUACGCCCAGCUGGGGCUGCCCCUGGCAGGACUGGACCCCGCGGGGGUCCCGCUGGACUCGGGGGCCGUGGGGGCCAUGCUGGAGCAGCAGCACAAGGUGGUGGCGUUCUGCACCCUGGGGCAGCUUCUGGCACCCGCCGUGGAGACCCUCAUCCUGCUCGACCGGCUGCUCUACCUGCGGGAGCAAGGUUUCCACUGCGCCCUCGUGCCCCUCUUCAACCCCCGCUUCUCCCCGCGGAACCUGGUGCUGGUGGCCGCGCGGACCCCGCUGGACACGGCGCUGGCCGGGCUGGCCAAGGACACUGGGGACGGAGACAGCAGCGAGGAUGAGGAGCCGGAGGAAGCAGCGUCCCUCAGGGAGAGACAGAGCCCGCAAUAAACCCAGGAUUUGUACACUCCA